AUGGCAGAAUCAAAAGAGUUCAAAAGUGGUACAGCAUCGACAUCAAAAAUGAGAUUAAUUGAAAAAGAUCCGAAAUGGUGGGACAUAUCAACUUUCUCCAAAGAAGACAACCCAAAUGGAUUAAUUUGCGAAUCAUCAUUUGCCAUAAUGUUUCCAAAAUAUCGAGAAAAGUAUAUUAGGCAAUGUUUAGUGAAGCGUCACUUCUGUUUUAGGGAGUGUUGGCCACUGAUUGAGAAAGCUUUUGAAGAGCACAGUUUAAAGGUCGAUUUGGAUGUGUUAGAAGGAACAAUGCUUGUAAAGACAACAAGAAAAACGUGGGAUCCAUAUAUCAUAAUAAAAGCUCGUGAUGCUUUAAAGUUAAUCUCAAGAAGUGUACCUUUUGAAAAUGCCAUUCGAGUUCUGCAAGAUGAUAUUGCGUGUGAGAUCAUCAAAAUCAGUUCAAUGGUUGCAAAUAAAGAAAGAUUUGUAAAACGUCGCGCAAGAUUAAUCGGAAACGACGGAGCAACCUUAAAAGCAAUUGAAUUGCUUACUCAGUGUUAUGUUAUGGUUCAAGGGGGCACUGUAGCAGCUGUUGGGCCAUUUGAAGGCCUUAAAUGUGUCAGAACGAUUGUAGAAGAUUGCAUGAAUAAUAUACAUCCCAUAUACAACAUCAAAACAUUGAUGAUAAAACGAGAAUUGAUGAAAGAUGAAAAACUCAAAAAUGAAAAUUGGGAUCGUUUUCUUCCUAAGUUCAAGAAAAAGGUACAGUCUUCUGAGUCAACAAAUCAAGCCAAGAAGAAGAAAGCUGCACGGUGGAAGAAAAAAGCUGAGUACACUCCGUUCCCUCCGCCACCCGUCAUGAGCAAAAUUGACAAACAACUUGAAAGUGGAGAAUAUUUCUUGAAUGAACGGAUGCGACAAAUGGAAAAAUAUAAUGCAAAACGAGCUAAACAAACAGAAAAGAUUACUGAACGAAAAAAACAGUGUGCAUCACAAUUUAUGCCUCCAGAAGAAAAAGCAAGGCCAAAAACUUCUCAGAAACGCGCAAAUGAAACACCAGUUGAUAUUGAAAACUUAAUGAAAAAGGCCAAAAAAGCAAUUAAAUAA